GGGAUGGGGUAGGGAAAAGAGGGAUUGAAAGGAGGAGGAAGCAGAUGAAGAAUGGAGGUGAAGGUGGUCGUGCCACGUGGCAAUCAAGUCGGGAUCGAAGGGCGAGGAGGAAGCGAGUGGAGAGAAUACUACCGCAGGGGUAAUGUGGCCUUGGGGUCUGAUGUGCUGGGGGCACGAACGCAAAGAGGAGAACGCGGAGGAGGAAAAACAAGGAGGAGCAGAAAAGAAAAAUGAGGAAGAAGUGAUGAUGGUGACGAGUAGUAGAAGAGAGGCGGCAGGGAGUAGGAAAAGGCGGAAGCGAGGGAAGGAGGUGGAGCAGGGAGAAGAGAUAGGAGGGAGGGGGAGAAAAGAGGAGCGGAGGAAGAAGAUGAGGCCGAAGGAGGAGGGAAGAAGACGGGCCAGAGUAGAGAGGAGGAGGGGAGGUGCAUUUUGCCGUAGAGACGUUAGGAUCGCAGGCGCAGCAGGAGGCCUUCCAGAUAGACCGAGGAGGGAGGAGGAGGGAGGAGGAGGGCAGGAAAGAAGGAAGAAGGAAGAAGCCAUGGAAAAACAGAGGAACUAGAGGGGUUUUGUGGCCAUCGUCUUGGCAGUGGAUGGCAUGUUGGAUCGAAGGAGGGUCAAGAAGGAGGUGAAGAGGAGGAAGACGUGGGGAAGGCGGGGGGCGGAUAAGGGCAACGGUGAUCGUCGUGAAAGACAGUUGCCCGAGAGCAUUGCGAGUACAAGUGUCAGGAGGCAAAGUACGGGGAGCGCCAAGAGACGGGAGCGAAAGGCGAAUGCCGCAGCUCUGCUGAAGGAAACGAGCCGAAGCAAAUUUACGACCUCCUUUUUUUGGACAUCGAUUUUGCCGAGUGCUACCGGUAGUUGGGCUUAUCCAGUGAUGCGAUUCGAGAGACUGGCCUUUGUUGCUACCUGCGUGCACAUCGGGGCAAUCAUGGGCCGUCUGUGAAUAUGGUGCAUUGAAAGAAGCGGGCUCGGAAUGUGAUUGGUUCGUCGGUGCAAUCACUACUGGCGGUGGUGUGUUCACUCGAAAUGCUGGGACAGGAUCGUUGUGCUGUUGUUGUUUGCAAUUCUCUGCAAUCUGACCGGUCAGCACAGUUAACUGGCACUGGCCUUGUGUUGAUCAGUGAUCAGUGAGCGGGGGAUUGUGUAUUAGGAGGGGCAGGUGGUUUGUUCCUUCGCAUUGUCAUCGUCAUUGAUUUAGUCGUCACAGGUCGAGUCUUUGGGGACUCGAUUUUUUUAAUUCGGCUGACUUGGUGUAAUGGCGUUGCAAUACUGUAAAUAAUGAAUGGUGGUGUGUUGAGAAUCAUGACUUGUUGAAUCCGAUUGGGGUCCGGUUCUUCUCUAGGUGACCGUAAUGCGCUGCCUCGUGACGGUCUCAUUAGCAGCUGUUGCACCACUUUUGACUUUUUUUUUUUGUUUUGUUUUUUUUUUGUUUGUUUGUUCCGUCGAACUCUUUUCUGUUGACGGCUCAGGAUAUCCGCUUUUAAAGUUGGUGUUGCAUGGAAGGCAGGCCAUUGACGACUUCAGAGUGUUGCGCGGUGGACACGAGUGUUCUAGACUUUCCCCGUUUCCUCCUCUCUUCUCCCUCUCUCCUCCCUCCCUUCUCCCUCUCUUCUCCCUCUCUUCUGCCGCCCCUUUCCCCCCUCCCCCCGUGGCCCUUUGCCUCGCGUCCCUGUGUCUGGUCGGAGUUCUUCCAGGGACAGCUGGCAGAAUUGUACGUCUUCUUGCGUCCCAAUGAAGAAGCUGUUAACCG